AUUCAAUGCAGGAGGGUUCAGCACCUCUAGCCUCUACAGGAGGAGGAUCCUUGUUCCGUAGUGAGGAGAUGGCGCUCUGCCAGCUCUUCCUCCAGUCCGAGGCAGCUUAUGGUUGUGUAUCGGAGCUAGGAGAACUAGGUUUAGUACAGUUCAGAGAUCUCAACCCAGAAACAAAUGCUUUCCAAAGAAAAUUUGUAAAUGAGGUUCGGCGGUGUGACGAGAUGGAACGUAAACUCCGGUAUCUGGAGAAGGAGAUUAAAAAGGAUAGUAUUCCAAUGAUGGAUACUGGAGAACCGCCGGAGGCCCCGCAACCCAGGGAAAUGAUCGAUCUAGAAGCUACUUAUGAAAAACUAGAGAACGAGCUUAGAGAGGUGAACCAAAAUGCUGAAGCUUUAAAGAAAAAUUUCCUCGAGUUUACUGAACUAAAACAUAUCCUUCGGAAAACUCAACAGUUCUUCGACGAACAGGAGAGUUUAGAACAGGGAGGACAGAUUGGUCAGCAUACUCAGCUUAUUCAGGACGAAGGUGGAGCAGGAGGAGGUCUUCAACUAGGGUUCGUGGCCGGAGUUAUUCUCAGGGAACGACUUCCGGCCUUCGAGAAGAUGUUGUGGAGAGCGUGCCGUGGAAACGUGUUCCUCCGUGUUGCAGAGAUAGAAAAUCCUCUGGAGGAUCCUCAUACUGGAGAUGAGGUCAUCAAAUCCGUCUUCGUCAUUUUCUUCCAAGGUCAGGUUUUCACUUUAAAAGCAGUGCUUAGGAUCCGGAUCCGUUUGAUCUAAAAGA